AGGCAACAGGUGCAAAGGACCAAGUGAAAGCCCGCAGCGCUCACUCGCACAAGCGCCGCCCACGGCCUGUAGGGUGCGCUCUUCUAGGUGUCAGCCCAACUCCCGGUCGGUUUGCGCCUGCGCRGAGCUUUGGGGGCGCGGCGAGGGAGCAAGGCCUCUGCGACUGCGCAUUGAAGGACUAAGAUGAUGGCGGCGGCCGUGCGGCGGGGCUGGAGUUUUGCGGCUGCUGCCGCCGGGCGGCGCAGGCGAUUCUGUCACAUGAUGAAUGCAUAUACCAUCAAGAAACGACCUCUGCAUCAAUUUGUACGAAGACCACUCUUCCCAUUACCUGCAGCCUUAUGUAACACAGUAAGAUACAUGUUUAUUCAAACCCAAGAUACCCCAAACCCCAACAGCUUAAAGUUUAUACCAGGAAAACCAGUUCUUGAGACAAGGACCAUGGAUUUUCCCACAGCAGCUACAGCAUUUCGUUCUCCUCUGGCUAGGCAAUUAUUUAGAAUUGAAGGAGUAAAAAGUGUCUUCUUUGGACCAGAUUUCAUUACUGUCACAAAGGAAAAUGAAGAAUUAGACUGGAAUUUACUGAAACCAGAUAUUUAUGCAACAAUUAUGGACUUCUUUGCAUCUGGCUUACCCCUAGUUACUGAGGAAACAUCUUCAGGAGAAGCAGGUUCUGAAGAAGAUGAUGAAGUUGUGGCAAUGAUUAAGGAAUUGUUAGACACUAGAAUACGGCCAACUGUGCAGGAAGAUGGAGGAGAUGUGAUCUAUAAAGGCUUUGAAGAUGGCAUUGUACAGCUGAAACUCCAAGGUUCUUGUACUAGCUGUCCCAGUUCAAUCAUUACUCUGAAAAAUGGGAUUCAGAACAUGCUGCAGUUUUAUAUUCCGGAAGUAGAAGGUGUAGAACAGGUAAUGGAUGAUGAAUCAGAUGAAAAAGAAGCAAACUCACCAUAAAAUAAUAUGGCAUUUCUUUGAGUACAACAAUUGGACUUAUUGAUAAUAUAUACCAAGCUGUUGUUAUUAAUAUGCUAAGGAACUUGAGGAGUAAUAAAAAAUGCCCAUUCCUCAGA